AUUGAUCAUUUUUGGAAAUGACUGAUAAAUUUACUCUCCGCAGUGUUGUGAUGUUUUCACAGGUGAUAAGUAUUUCAAAUUUAUUAAGCUGUAUACUUUAAAUAUGUGUAUAAUUUUGUGUCAAAUAUAUGCCAAUAAGACAUAGUUUUUUAAAUUAAAAAAAGAAGGGGUGCCUCUAAUGCCAUCUUCAGCCUGCUUUCCUUACCUCCUCCUUGCCUUGCUAAACUGGGAGGCUGGAUAGAUGGAUAUUCCUCCCACACAUCCCUUUACUUCUUUUCUGUUUCUCCAGCUCUGCCUAUGCAACAAGUCUUCUCUAAGAAGAGCACUCACCAGACUAAGAACAUGGUCCCAGGGCUCCUGACUACUAGGGAUGAGUGAUUCCAGGGCCUAAAAGAGUGAAGGAAGGCUUUCAAAGGAGGAGCUGCCUGAGCUGCCCCUGAAGAUUUGGCAAGUUGAAGAGCUGAAGGAAUAUAUUUCUGUGAGAAUGUGACUGGAAGCCUAGCCCUUCUCUGAGACCAAGGGAUCUGCAGGCUGUCGCUCAUCAUAUGGGAAGCUUGGAGCAGUCCAUGGCCUUUUGUUACAUCAGUUUUCUCUGUGUAGAGGCAUUAAUGGCCUUCAGGGAUGUGGCUGUGGCCUUCACCCAGAAGGAGUGGAAGCUACUGAGUCCUGCUCAGAGGACCCUGUAUCGGGAUGUAAUGCUGGAGAACUACAGCCAUAUGGUGUCGCUGGGUAUUGCCUUUCCUAAACCAAAACUCAUCAUACAACUGGAACAAGGAGACGAGCCCUGGAGAGAGGAGAGUGAAUGUCUUCUGGACCUUUGUGCAGCAGAACAAAGAACAGAAUUCCAGCCCUGUCUCUCCUGCCUGGUGACUUUUUCCAGUCCACGGAUCCUCCAUCAAUAUGUGCUCUGUGGUCACUCCCUUCAGAUCUUCCCAGGUUCAUCUGCAGAAAGCCACUUCCUACUAGAAGCUCCAAGCUGCUUGAAAGACAAAGUAGAAGAUGGAGAGAGAAAAGGCUCUGGCACUGUGUUUGGGAGGCUGCGGCUGAGUGGGACUUCAAGGGCAUUUUUCAGCUCAUCUCAAGGUCAGCCCGUAGACCUGGGAGGCAAUAGCAGUGGAAGAAUAGACCAGGGGAUGAUCUCUGAUGAGGCAGAUGCAGUAUUGACAGAGACAAACAUCUCAGAAUCUGAAGCAGUCAUAUGUGAAAACUAUAGACUAGGAUUUAGCACAAAAUCAAGCCUCUUUAGCCUCCAGAAGCAUCAUGUGUGCCCUGAAUGUGGCAGAAACUUCUGCCAGAAGUCAGACCUCGUCAAACACCAGAGGACUCACACGGGAGAGAAGCCGUAUAGUUGCAGAGAGUGUGGGCGAGGCUUUGGCCGGAAGUCCUCCCUCACCAUACACCAGAGGAAGCACUCAGGGGAAAAGCCCUACAUGUGCAGGGAGUGUGGGCGACACUUCAGGUAUACAUCCUCCUUAACUAACCAUAAGAGGAUACACUCCGGGGAGAGACCCUUUGUAUGUCAGCAGUGUGGGAGAGGCUUCCGCCAGAAGAUCGCCCUCAUCCUGCACCAGAGGACACACUUGGAAGAGAAGCCCUUUGUGUGUCCAGAGUGCGGAAGAGGCUUUUGCCAGAAGGCAUCACUCCUUCAACACCGUAGCUCGCAUUCAGAUGAGAGGCCCUUCUUGUGCCUGGAGUGUGGGCGUGGCUUCAGGCAGCAGUCACUGCUCCUCAGUCACCAGGUCACACACUCAGGCGAGAAGCCUUAUGUCUGUGCUGAGUGUGGGCACAGCUUUCGCCAGAAAGUCACCCUCAUCAGACACCAGAGGACACACACAGGGGAGAAGCCUUACCUGUGCUCCGAGUGUGGGCGUGGCUUUAGCCAGAAAGUCUCCCUUAUGGGCCACCAGAGGACGCACACAGGUGAGAAGCCUUAUGUGUGCUCUGAGUGUGGGCGUGGCUUUGGUCAGAAGGUUACCCUCAUCAGACACCAGAGGACGCACACAGGGGAGAAGCCUUUUCCGUGUCCCGAGUGUGGACGUACCUUUGGCUUCAAGUCACUUCUCACCAGACACCAGAGGAUACAUUCAGGGGAGGAGGCUGAUGUGUACGGAGUAUGUGAGCAAAGGCUUGGUCCGAAGAUCCAACUCACCUCUGACCAGAGGACACACUCAGGAGAAAAGCCAUGUGUGUGUGAUGAGUGUGGACGUGGCUUUGGCUUCAAGUCAGCCCUCAUCAGACACCAGCGGACACAUUCAGGAGAGAAGCCAUAUGUGUGUAGGGAGUGUGGUCGUGGCUUUAGCCAGAAGUCUCACCUCAACAGGCAUAGGAAAACCAAGUCUGGCCAUCACCUCCUGCCACAGGAGCUGUUCUCUUGACAUUUCCUUUCCUUCCCCAUGAGUGUCUAGGAGGCAGAAAUCACUAGGAAAUACUCCACUUCCCUUAAAAUGCAGUUGAGAAAAAAAAAGUUGCAUUUUUUCAGUGAUCAUAAGAUAGUUGAUUUAUGGUUUACUUCCUGCACUGGCAAUGUGUUUUAAUUUGCCAGGGCUGCCAUAACAAAAUGCCACAGACUUGGUAGCUCAAAGAACAGAAGUUUAUUUUCUCAUAGUCCUGGAGACUAGAAGUCUGAGAUCAAUGUGUAGGCAGUUUGGUUGUUAUUGAAGUUUUUCCCCUUGGCUUGCAGAUGAUUGCAUUCUUGCUGAGUCCUGAAAUGGUCAUUUUUUCCCCUGUGUGUGCACUUUCCUGGUAACUCUCUCUCUUCUUUCUGAGGACACCAGCCAUACUGGGUUAGGGCAUCACCAUAUGACCUUGUAAAGGCCCUGUCAUCAAAUAAAGUCAUGACUUUAUGUGUUA